AUGUUGAUUGACUCGGCUCACGAGCGGUUGCUUCCUUGUUUCAACAGUGAAGACAGUGCUAUGGCGCAUGCAACUCGUUCACUGAGUAGUCACUCGCGUCGGUUUUAUCUGCUUUUCGUCCAGUUCAGCGGCAUCCAGCGGCUAUUUUUGCCGACAGGAACGUCGCCUGGGGCGCAUUGCGAGCUUGGACGUCGACUUUAUCAAGAGCGACCGUACAGUCAGUCAGGUCUAGGCAACUGUCACCGAAGAGUCUACAAUUCGCGUCGACUGUAUAUGAUUGCAACGGAACGCGCGAGCGUAGCAGGGCCCACAUCCCCAGGUGCAGGCAGUUCGAGCUCCAACCACGUGCCCGAGCACAACGCAGACACGGUGCCUACUGGCUCCUGGCGCCUGUUGGAGGCGCAGCGUGCCCUCCAGCUCGUGCGUGAAACCGCGAGACAGUCGAGCACCGCCUUGACAGGCAGGGCGUCUGUUGCGGCUCCUCUUCAGACGGCGGAUUUUGAACGGUCUAUCAUAAAACGUGUCGAAGAGCGGGCCAGCAUGCAUAUGGACGCUCGUGGGAACGACGCAAGCGCCUGGAACUACGAGACCAUCGUCAAGUCAGCGGCGCCUGCGGUUCGAUACGACCCAGAGCGGUUGCGCGAGAAGUAUGCUCGGCAGACGUUGCUUGUCCGCACAAGGCAGGCGCGAAUCGCGGCACCACUUUUCGUGUUCAUAGGUCGAGUGGUUCUAGACAUCCAGAUGGGAAAAGAGCAGGAGAGAAGAAAGAUUCGUGCUGCGGAAUUUUUGCAGAUUUUUUCAAACUUGGGACCUGCGUUCAUCAAGGCCGGACAAGCGCUGGCGUCCCGCCCCGAUCUCCUGCCUCCCGAAUAUCUCGAUGAGAUGCAAAAGUUGCAAGAUCGCCUGCCACCUUUCAAGAAUGAGGAUGCAUAUCGAAUCAUAGAGGAAGAGUUGCAGGCACCUGUUCAUGAGAUAUUUUCUCGAAUCGAACCUGAACCGGUUGCUGCGGCAUCCAUAGGACAGGUGUACAAGGCAUAUCUACGAGAUGGAAAGGAUACGCCGGUUGCGGUGAAAGUCCAGAGACCGGAUUGUGAGAAAAUCAUAUCGCUGGAUAUCUACAUUCUCCGCGAAUUGAGCGGCAUCCUAAGUCGUAUGCUGACAUUCCUGCGGCGAGAUAUCAAUCUCGUCUCCAUCAUCGACGAACUGGGCAAGUUGAUUUUCGAAGAGAUCGAUUACCUGAACGAAGCACGGAAUGCGGAACGUUUCCGGGAAUUAUACGGCUCGCUCCCGGAUGUUGUCGUGCCCAAGAUCUACUGGCAGUACACCCGUCGCCGCGUCGUAACCCUGUCUUGGGUGGACGGAGUUCGCCUGAACUCGCCCUGUUUGAGCGACGCCCAAGCGCAGAAACUCGUAGAGAUCAUGGUUCAGUGUUCUCUGCGCCAGAUGCUUGAGAACGGUUUCUUUCACGCCGAUCCGCACGGGGGUAAUUUACUCGCCACGAGAGAUGGCAAGCUGUGCUGGCUUGACUUUGGCAUGGUCAGUGAAGUAGAACCAGCGCAACGCUAUGGCAUCAUUGAGGCCGUGAUGCAUAUGGUGAAUCGAGAUUUCGAAUCACUCGCCCGAUUGUACGUGAGAUUAGGCUUCAUUCCACCUGAUACUGAUCUUGCACCACUGGUAGCUGCCCUGAAUCGGGCUCUACCGGACGUACUGGAUGCCUCGGUAUCCGAAUUGAACUUCAAGUCGGUAAUCAACAAGCUUGGUUCAGUGAUGUACAAGUUUCCAUUCCGCCUUCCUCCGUAUUACACAGCAAUUAUUCGUUGCCUCGGCGUUUUGGAGGGACUCGCUAUCCAAGUCCGCCGAGAUUUCAAGAUCAUCAACAAUGCGUAUCCGUAUAUUGCAUCGCGAUUGCUGACGGAUCCCGCACCAGAGCUUCAGAACGCUCUGUCCGUGCUUCUUUUCAAGGACGGCCGUAUUCGAUGGAGUCGCCUCGAGAGCCUGCUGGAUUCAGCAUCGCUGACCUCUGAAUACGACUUCAGCGUUGUUGCAAGCCAACUUCUCGAAUUCAUCCUGAGUCCGCGCGGUGAUAUUAUCCGUCGACAUUUGGCCGAAGACCUGGUCAACGAGUUUGAUCAGCUUAUUUUAGACACCGUCAGCUACAACACGCAGUUACUGCAAGGCAAACGACCGGUACCGACCAAGUCGAUGAUAUAUUUUCAAAAGGCGCUUUCGCUGGCGCUUGCGAAUUCGGCUCUGGCACGCAGCAUUCGCGGUGUCUCAGAGACCCCGAGCAUCCAAUCGCUCCUCCUGCCCUAUGCAGUAGACAGUCGCAAAUUCCUUCCCAUUCUGCAAUUGAUUGGAUCCAAACGAGAGGGCAAGCGCUUGCUCAUGGACAUUGUCACGAAUCUGAUGGAACGCGCUACGCUGCGAGGCAUUCGAGCCAUCUUUGGGAUCGAACAAGACAGGGUUUCUGCGCCGCGCUAG